UUCAAGAAGCUGACGAUUUUUUUGCUGUUUCUGCCCAUACAACCAAGUGAAACGUUGUGUUACUUCAGAGUCUUUGCUGUUACGCUUUGUUACUUCAGAGAGAUAAAAAGUUCUGUUACAUCGCUGAUGCGUCAUCAUCCUUCAGUUGACAGCAACGGGAAUAAGAUCACAAAAUAUCUAACGAUGUCACAAUCCCAUACGAAAAUUUCGCCGAUCAUCAUGUUGUGUUUACUGAUUUUAACUCUGAGCGCCUUGUGCUAUGCAGCUAACAACAACAGCAGUGGUAAAACAACUCCAAACAUGGGCACUCACCAGUUUCCACCUCAUGGACCUUGUGGUUAUGGUGCCUGUUUUUGCGCGCCGGGAAUCCCAGGUAUGCCGGGAAACCCUGGACCCUCAGGACCAACAGGCAUUGCUGGUUCACCCGGUCCACAAGGAUCCACGGGACCACGUGGAGACAAAGGCGACGCAGGGAAACCAGGAAGUGAAGGCCUCCAGGGCCUCCAGGGACCACGAGGAACCAAAGGUGACGCAGGCAAUAAAGGAAGUCAGGGCCCUCCAGGCCCGAAGGGCCUUCCAGGCACGUUGGGAAGUAACUGGAAACAAUGCGUUUGGAAAAAUAUAAACGACGGUAAGGAUACUGGAUUGAUCAAGGAAUGCGUUUUCAAGAAAAAGUCAGACAACUCAGGCCUGAGGGUGUUUUGGAAUGGCAAUCUUCGCCUCUAUAACUGCCAUGGUUGCUGCAGACGAUGGUACUUCACUUUCAACGGUACCGAGUGCUCUGCUCCAGCAGCGAUUGAUGGUGUGGUCUACAUGGUGCAUGGAAAUGGCUACAAAAAGAACUUGCACCGUCCACGACAAAUCGAAGGAGUAUGUGAAAAAGUCCACAAGGGUGUUGUGCGCGUGGGAUUCUGGGUCGGUAACUGUGCUGGUUUCGGAUCUGCUGACGCCUACACAGGAUGGAAUUCAGUGUCCCGGAUCUAUGUGGAAGAAGUACCACCCCCACAGGCCUGAAAAACCAGAUUCUGAAGCUUUGUUCGUGGGAGGGUUAGAACGUAGAUUGAGGCGCGUCAGAGUUAAGAGUAAUAAGUGUGAAGUCUAAGAAACAGAUUUAAAAAACAGUUUUGUGGUUGAAAUUGAUAAACGAUCAAGUCAAUCAAAGUUUUAAUAAAUUGUGAUAAUCUAAAGAGAUAAGGGCAUUUUUAAAUACUAAGCAACCUUCUUGAGCCAUGUAGAGCACAAAGCUUGUGUUUCAGUUUGUUGGUGAAGGGAUAUGGAAAUAAACAAGAGGUAGUUGAAUACCCAAGAGCC